CCAACACAAGUUUCUACAACCCUCUGUUUUCUUACAAUUGAAAAACACUGCCAUGACCAGAACUUCCCAAAGAGGCCUCAAAAUAUGUGGUGCCCUGACAGCAAUUGUGGUAGUCAUUCUCAUCAUUGUAAUCACAACCCUGUCACUGACCAUCUUCAAGCUUAAGCGACCAGAAAUCACUGCUCACUCCGCCGGAAUCCAAAAUUUUCAAUUCAAUCUCUUCCCACCAUCGCUAAACGCCACGCUAGACGUGGUUUUUACAAUCAACAAUCCCAACUAUGGAAGCUUUGAGUUCACAAACAGUACAGGUAAUGUUUAUUACCAUGGUGUGAUUGUAGCUGAUGUUCCUGUUCAAGAAGGUUUUGUACCUGCUCGCGGCACGUUUAAUACGACCAGUUUGGUUGAUAUAAUGGGAGAUGAAGUGAUCUCAAAUCCCAAUUUUAGCAAUGAUCUUGAAGCUGGUAGCUUUAAUUUGACAUCAGAGGUUGUUUUGCCUGGAAGAAUGAAGAUGCUCAAGGUCUUGAACUUGCAUGCAAAGGCUUAUAUUACUUGUAAUAUCUCUGUUUUCCUUCAUCCUAUCAAUACCUUGUACAAGUGUGAGUCUAACAUAAAGUUGUAGUUAUUGCAGUCUUAGGUUGUCAUAUGUUUUG